UUUCCCUUUCCUCCCACUGGGAGUCGGGGCUAUGCAUCUACCUCGUCCCGCCCCUGCCUCUGAGUGACAGCACCGUGGACAGCACCAUUUCCAGAGAGACCUGAAGUUUGUCGGCCCUUGCCUUGGCUGAGCUGAGUAAGAAAAAGCAACCAGGACUAUUGCAUUGGUAUCUGGAAUUGACAUUUGCCGGGAAUGAACACAUAGUUUCCUCAAUAAAGAUCUUUCCUUUGGAAGCAUCUUCCCCCUUGGCAGCUCUCCAGAGUUCAGACUUGACAGCAUCAAGGACAAAACGCAAGCAGGCAGUUGGAAGAUCAAAGAUGGGUAGAAAAGAUGCCUCCACUAUCAAACUUCCUGUUGAUCAGUACAGAAAGCAAAUUGGUAAACAGGAUUAUAAAAAAAACAAGCCUAUUUUACGGGCAACCAAAUUAAAAGCAGAAGCAAAGAAAACAGCAAUAGGCAUAAAGGAAGUUGGCCUUGUACUUGCAGCUAUAUUGGCCCUCCUGUUGGCUUUCUAUGCUUGCUUUUAUCUCAGACUCUCCACAGAUGUUGACCCUGAUCUGGAACCAGAUGAAGAUUAACUGAGCAACAAUCAAUACAUGAAAGGAAAAGAAUUUUAUAAAAAGCAUCCCUUGGGACCAAUAAUUUCUAAAGAACUAAAACUGCAGCAUCUUGAAACCGUUCUGCUGAUAUUUUCAGUUUGAAGAACACUCUUUAAACAGUUGCACAGGAUAUCAAGAAAGAACCUUCCUAGCUAUGCAGUCUACAGUGUAUAUUACCAGAUAUUUAUAUAAAGCUUUACAUUUUCAUAGGCAA